AUGGCCGCGAGGUGCCUCCUGCUGCUCGCGCUGGUGGCCGCGUACCAUGGCGGAGGAGCCGCCACCGGGGCGAACUGGCUCGGCGGACUGAGCCGGGCGUCGUUCCCCAGGGGCUUCGUCUUCGGGACGGCGACGUCGGCGUUCCAGGUCGAGGGCAUGGCGGCCGGAGGCGGCCGCGGGCCCUCCAUCUGGGACGCGUUCACGCACAUCCCAGGAAAGAUUGCAAGAAAUGAAAAUGCAGACGUUACAACAGAUCAGUAUCACCGCUACAAGGAAGAUGUUAAUCUCAUGAAGGGAUUAAAUUUCGAUGCCUAUCGGUUUUCUGUCUCAUGGUCCAGAAUCUUCCCAGACGGUGAAGGAAAAGUUAACGAAGAAGGUGUAGCAUACUACAACAACCUGAUAGACUACCUGCUUCAGAAAGGCAUUACUCCUUAUAUCAAUCUUUACCACUAUGAUCUCCCUCUUGCACUUGAGAAGAAGUACGGAGGCUGGUUAAAUGCGAAGACGGUGGAACUAUUCACAAACUAUGCUGACUUCUGUUUUAAGACAUUUGGCAAUCGAGUAAAGCACUGGUUUACAUUCAACGAACCACGGAUAGUUUCGCUCCUUGGUUAUGAUGUAGGCACCAAUCCUCCUCAAAGGUGCACCAAAUGCGCGGCCGGUGGAAACUCAGCGACAGAACCUUACAUUGUUGCUCAUAAUUUUCUCUUAGCACAUGGUUAUGCAGUUGCAAGAUACCGAAGCAAGUACCAGGCAGCUCAGAAAGGAAAGGUUGGAAUAGUUCUGGACUUCAAUUGGUACGAGCCUCUUACAAACUCAAUUGAAGACCAAGCAGCAGCACAGAGAGCCAGAGACUUCCAUAUUGGUUGGUUUGUUGAUCCUUUAAUAAAUGGACAUUACCCACAAAUAAUGCAAGACAUUGUGAAAGAGAGGUUGCCCAGGUUCACUCCUGAUCAAGCAAAGGUGGUCAAGGGCUCAGCUGACUAUAUCGGGAUCAAUCAAUACACCGCUAGUUACAUGAAGGGGCAGAAAUUGCUGCAGCAGACGCCCACUAGCUACUCGGCCGAUUGGCAGGUUACUUAUGCAUUUGCGCGUAAUGGCAAACCAAUUGGACCUAAGGCGAAUUCCGAUUGGCUUUACAUCGCUCCGUUUGGCAUGUACGGAUGUGUGAACUACAUCAAGCAGAAGUAUGGUAAUCCAGCAGUGGUCAUAACUGAAAACGGAAUGGAUCAACCUGGGAACCUCACCCGUGAUGAAUACUUGCGUGAUACCACAAGGGUUCGGUUCUACCGGAGUUACCUCAACGAGCUAAAGAAAGGCAUCGAAGAUGGUGCCAACGUGGUUGGCUACUUCGCAUGGUCUCUCCUGGAUAACUUCGAGUGGAGCUCUGGUUACACAUCCAAGUUUGGAAUCGUAUACGUCGACUUCAACAGCCCCUCGCUAGAACGGCACCCGAAGGCGUCGGCCUACUGGUUCAGAGAUCUGCUGCAGGGCAAACACUGAUGGACUGCCUGUCAGUUCACAUAAUGUUAUCAUCAUCCUGUUGAGUUUUUCCCUACCAUUGCCCGGCCCCUUGGCAUCAGAAUUCAGAGCCAGCUCUGUUCUCUGGAGUAUCACGCUGCAGUGUUUUCUUGAUGGUUGGACUGGAUUACUUGAUAAAAAACUUUCAUGUUACAGGCAUUUCAAGAAUAUAU